CUCGUCCAGAGCACCGGAAUUGGGGACCGCAACUCGACGGCACGCGCUCUUGGGCAGAUCCAAUCCGCGUUCACUCUCGUCUUUUUUCUCCCCCUCCAUCCUCUACUCCUCCUUGUUCUUCCUGUCACUUCAUCUUUUCUCUCUCCCUCGCCGGCCUCCAUGCGUGAAUCUCUUCCCUGUCGCAGCGAUUCUCCCCCGCCGCCGCCUUUUCGAUGAAUGCCGCUCACCCUCUGAAAUAAAUUCGGGCGAAUGCGAGCGAUACACGAAGCUACAGACCCAUCGGCGGGCAUGCCAUCGAUUAUUAUACGAACCAUUUCUCUUCCACCUCGCCAUUCGCUACGAUUUUGUCUGCCGUCGAGGUAGAGAGUCUGCUGGCCGCGCAGAUCAACCAGAGGAGGGGGAAAACACAGCGGACGUCGACCUGUGACCCUUGCAAGCUCAAGCAGAUAAGACACCACCUGUGGCAGAACGACAAAAGCGAGCGAGCGAGAUGCCGGCAGAGAACAUUUAUCCCGCUAGCAAUGGGCGGUUCGCUGGAGGGACUCCGAGAGAGAGAUCCUCUACUCAGUCCACGCCGUCUCGCAAGGAGCGGGCAAGGGAGAGCUCAGCGAUGCAGGACCCAGGGCUGAAAGAUUAUCGCCUGGGCGAAUGCCUCGGAAAGGGAGCCUUUGGGUCGGUGUACAAGGCGUUCAACUGGGGCACUGGAGAGGCCGUCGCUAUUAAGCAAAUCAAGCUGACGGAUCUACCAAAGAGCGAGCUUCGGAUGAUGGAGAGCGAAAUCGAUCUGCUCAAGAACCUUUUUCAUGACAACAUCGUCAAGUACAUCGGUUUCGCCAAGACUGCCGACUGCCUCAACAUCAUUCUAGAAUACUGCGAGAAUGGCUCUUUGCACUCAAUAUGCAGAGAGUACGGCAAGUUUCCCGAAAACCUGGUCGGUGUCUACAUGACCCAAGUUCUUCAGGGCCUUCACUACCUCCAUGACCAAGGUGUUAUCCACCGUGACAUCAAGGGCGCCAACAUCCUCACCACCAAGGACGGGACGGUGAAGCUUGCCGACUUCGGGGUCUCGACUAGCACGCUGGCUGGUGGCCAGGAUAAGGAGGCGCAAGUCGUAGGCACUCCGUAUUGGAUGGCCCCCGAGAUUAUCCAGCUGUCUGGAGCUAGCUCGGCUUCGGAUAUUUGGAGUGUCGGCUGUACCGUUAUCGAGCUUCUUCAGGGCAAGCCGCCUUAUCACAACUUGGCAGCCAUGCCGGCACUAUUUGCCAUUGUCAAUGACGAUCACCCUCCACUGCCUGAGGGCAUAUCAGCUGCUGCUCGAGACUUUCUUAUGCAAUGCUUUCAGAAGGACCCCAACCUUAGAGUCUCGGCUCGCAAGUUACUCAAGCACGCCUGGAUCGUAGGAUGCCGCCGCACUGAUGCGCCAGUCUCGAAGCCGCCAGCCAACUUCAAUGAGGCCGUCGAGGAGGUCAAGCAGUGGAACAGGGCGCUCAAUUCUUCGGGAACUUCACUUCGUGUAUCCACCGGCUCCGAUGGCCUGUCUCGAUACUCUGGUGGAACGCCCAAGGGCCGCCUGAGCCUCGCCAAGACAAGGCUCAGCGCGGGUGCGGGUGCAAAUGCUUUUAAGCUGGCCGAGUUAGAUGAUGACAACUGGGACGACGACUUUGCGACGGCAAUAUCUCCCAGUGCUUUGCAGCUACCACAUCUGAGACCACAGGAUAAUUUUGGGGGCCUUCUUUCUGCUGAUAAGCUCAAGGCUUUUGCGUCCGUCAAUGAUCUCCGAAGUGAUGUAAAUAACUACGACGAAGACUUUGAAGGCGACAUGAUGACCAUAAAGGGACCAAAUCAGCAGGCCUACAUCGAAGCACAAGAGCAGACAAUUCGGCCAAUGUCAAGAAAGGCGAUAGCACCGAAGCUUCCAUCGCCGCCAAAAAUGCUGCAUCAGCGAUCCAAGUCGAGUAUGGAUCCAGCAGUGGUUUCACCCAACCUAUCUAAAGCGAAAUCUCCUCCGAAAUCACACUUUGGGAACAAAUUCGAGCUGCCGCCCCGUCCUGGCGCUAUUUACCGAGAACAAAGCUCUGAGGACUACUCCGAUCUCUUCUCCGAUGACGAUAGUGUGUUUGACCAGAAGAUUCACCAGGCAGUCCGGAAGGGUUUUCGCCAACCUGAUGCACCUCAGCUCUUCCAUCCAUCUGACCUUACCAGCUUGCCCCGGUCAAUGCAGACAGCAGACGGGAGCGUAAGAAAAAAGGGCCCCUCAAGGCCAUCAGUUCUCCCUGAUCGUCCCAUGAGACGCACUCGCUCCUCUAUCGAGAUCCAGAAGUUCGCCGAAGAUGAUGACGAGGACUUCUCUGACAUUUUCGGGCCUGAAGAAUCAAUAGCUGAAAGAGAAGAAAGCGAACGGGGGUCCGAGGAAGCCGGCCUUAUGCUCAUGUCAAGGAUCUCAGGAAACUCUUGGCUGGGUGAUGAAGACGAUGAAGAUGACCCCUUUGCAUCCAUGGAUCCAGGAUGGGAUGAGAUGGAUAUGGACGCAAAGAUUGCUCGAGACAGACAUGCGCGCCUCGCAGAAAAAGUGGAAGAAAUGGUUGGCCUUUUGAAGAUGACGGAAGGCGAGGAAAAUUUGGCAGAUCUUGCUGUCGAAUUGCUGAAUCUGCUCUGGGAAAAUCCAGAUGCAAAAAACUUAAUCAUCACUGCUCACGGAUUGCUGCCUCUUUUGGAAAUUCUAGAGCCUUGUACAGUGAAGAGUAAACACCACCUGAUUUAUCAUUUGCUUAGACUUGUCAAUACGAUUAUCCUCGACGAUGUUGAAAUUCAAGAAAACCUGUGUUUCGUUGGUGGUAUACCCAUCAUCACGAAAUUCGCUGCUCGCCAGUACUCCAACGAGAUUCGCCUCGAAGCAGCUGCAUUCGUCCGCCAAAUGUACCAGACCUCGACUUUGACGCUACAAAUGUUUGUUUCAGCGGGUGGUUUGAAUGUUCUUGUCGAAUUUCUUGACGAAGAUUACGAUAGCUCUCGAGAUCUUGUGCUCAUCGGCGUAAACGGUAUUUGGAAUGUGUUUGAACUACAGGGCCCAACUCCCAAGAAUGACUUUUGCCGCAUUUUUUCGAGGAGCAAAAUUCUUUAUCCGCUAGCGCUUGUUCUACACCGAGUUCUCGACGAAGAGGGGGAGGAUGAAUACAGUGAGCUGAUUGAGGGGCGUAUUGUGAAUAUAUUCUACCUCUUCAGCCAGGCCGAGAAUUAUGUCAAAGAGGUUGUAGCAGAUCGACAGGUGUUGAAGAGCGUCCUCAAGGAUCUUCGACGAAUGACGCCCAUACACCAGAUCACCAUGCUCAGGUUCAUCAAGAAUCUUUCUAUGCUCUCAACAACCAUCGAAUCACUACACUCCGCCGAUGCCAUUGACUUCCUCAUCGACCUGUUAAGUUACAGCAUGAAGAAGAAUCACAAACACCUCCGCGAGAUCUCUAAUCAGGUUCUCAACACGAUGUUCAACCUCUGCCGGCUAAGCAAGGAAAGGCAGGAAGAUGCUGCCGUUGGAGGCAUCAUCCCGCUGUUACUACGAAUCAUGAAGACAGACCGGCCGCCGAAAGAAUUUGCCUUGCCGAUUCUUUGCGACAUGGCCCAUUCUGGGUCAAAGGGGCGACGAUAUCUCUGGCAGAACAAAGGCCUCGAUUUCUAUGUUUCCCUCUUGUCUGACCAAUACUGGCAAGUCACUGCGCUAGACGCCAUCUUGGUGUGGCUGCAGGAGGAGACGGCCAAUGUAGAGAGCCACUUAAUGGACAACAAUUUCUCGCGAGCCAUUGUCUCUUGCUUUGGCACUAAUAGGCUCAACGCGUUUGACUUUAACCUGUUGGAGCCGCUGCUCAAGCUUCUUCGACUGAGUCCGGGAUUGACAGUGUCACUAGCAAAGCCCGAAAUGUUUGCCGGUAUUACCCAGCGGCUGGGACAUAAGAAGGCAGUAGUACGGCUGAAUUUGCUACGUCUUGUGCGUGCUAUCAUGGACGUCUGCGAGCCAGGAUUUCUCGGCAGCGGAGAUGGCGCCCGCACGCUCAACAGUGCCCAGAUGCGGUCUCUCAUGGACUCGAUUCAGAUCUUGGCAGAGAAGGAUUCCGCCGUGCUGGUUCGCAAUCUUGCUUCAGAACUGGUUAAAUCGCACUCUUCCUACCCGCCCCCGGUAAUGAUGAUGAACCAGGGAAUGGUGUCUUCCACGUCGGUCAACUUAUCCGCCUCCAGGCGCGGAUCAAGGCACAACACAAACUACACACCGGUGGGCAUGCAGUCCCCGAUGUCCAUGACCCCUCAGACACCAACGCAUAGGAGCAGAGGCAGCAUAGCGAGCAAUGCAUACAUAGAGGUCGCUGCCAGCCCUCGGCGCUCAGGAGCACUUGACCGAGACAACGUCGUAUAUCGGCCCCACAGCCGGGAAGGACCUGCGAACUUCCCUCGACGAGUGAGCAACGACUCGAGUUCAGCGGCCAGUAGCGGUGGCAGCAGCUCUGGUGGUUACGUGCCAGCAGUGAAGAGCAGACUUCCGCGAACGCCGUUGGCAGCGAGCAUACAGGGCCGCAGCAGCGCGGGGAUGCUCAGGGGAGAGUUCAUGGCCCCGAUGGUUGUCCGCAGCGAGAGCAACCUGAGCAGCAGAGGAGAGAACGGACCUCGACCGAAUAGCAGUAAUAACAGCGUGGGGAUGAUUUCGACGCCGAAAGCAAGGCAUAAAACGUCUUCGUCGUCGAUUGAAGUCAUGAGGCAAGCAAGUCGAUAACACGAAUGUGUCUUUUGACUCCCCCCCUACGUUUACUUUAUCUACUCUCUCACCAAAAUUAAAACAAACAUAACGAAAAAAAGAAAGGGGGAGGUGAGGGGAUGAUUCCCUGAUCAUUAGAAUAUAUACACAUGACGAAGAACGACUAGCAUCUAUUACGAUAUAACCUUUUGUUUUUUUUUUUUCUUAAAUACAAUGAAAGCAACGAUAACGAGGCAAGGAAGGAAGGCAGGAAGAAAAGGCGGGAGGCUAAAAAAAGUAAAAUGAAUUACACUAAAAUUAUUAUCAAGUGCUAGCUAGAGAGACAAGAGGCUUUUGGCAGUUUUUUUUUUUUUUUUUUU